GCGAAGAGGAGCGGUCUCAGCCUUCUCUGCCGCCGCCGCCGCCGCCCCGCAUCGAGAGCCCUCGCCUGGAAGCCGAAGCCGUGAGGAGCCCGGAGGAGCUGGAUGCGCUGCCGGAUGCCGACCGUCCUUUCGCAUCUCUGAGGUCCUUGAGUUCACGCAGGGAGUGCUCCCUCUUCAGCCAGAAGGACAAGAAGGUCCCCGCAGCCCCUCCUCAGGUUCUCCAGCAGCCUUUGGUGGCCCAGCAUGGCCCACUGAGGGGAACCAUGACUGGCUGGCCGACAUGCGCCACUGACCACCCACAGUCGUGUCUCACCAGCAGGUGACCCUCCUCUGGCCGCCCCCAACUCGCCUGCCCCGCCCAGGAAAGUGCCUGCACCGCCAGGGACAUCAUGUAGUAGGGCCGGCCGCGGCGCCCAGUGAGCUGCAAUGGUUUUGUACACGACCCCCUUUCCCAACAGCUGUCUGUCUGCCCUGCACGCCGUGUCCUGGGCCCUCAUCUUCCCAUGCUACUGGCUGGCGGACCGGCUCCUGGCCUCCUUCAUACCCACCACCUACGAGAAGCGCCAGCGGGCGGAUGACCCGUGCUACCUCCAGCUGCUCUGCACCGUGCUCUUCACGCCCGUCUACCUGGCCCUCCUGGUCGCCUCGCUGCCCUUUGCGCUCCUUGGGUUCCUCCUCUGGUCCACCCUGCAGUCGGCCCGCCGGCCCUACGUCUACUCCCGGCUGGAGGACAAGGGCCCAGCCGGCGGGGCGGCCCUGCUCAGUGAAUGGAAGGGUACGGGUCCUGGCAAAAGCUUCUGCUUCGCCACUGCCAACCUCUGCCUCCUCCCGGACUCGCUGGCCAGGCUCAACAACGUUUUCAACACCCAAGCCCGGGCCAAAGAAAUCGGCCAGAGAAUCCGCAACGGGGCCAGUAGGCCCCAGAUCAAAAUCUACAUCGACUCACCCACCAACACCUCCAUCAGCGCGGCCAGCUUCAGCAGCCUGGUGUCACCGCAGGGCAGUGAUGGCGUGGCCCGGGCCGUCCCUGGGAGCAUUAAGAGGACGGCCUCUGUGGAGUACAAGGGUGACGGUGGGCAUCACCCUAGCGACGAGACCGCCAACGGCCUGGCCUCCGGGGACCCAGCCGACGGCGGCAGCCUUGAGGACACCUGCAUCGUGCGCAUCGGUGGUGACGAGGGGGGCCGGCCCCCCGAAGCCGUCGACCCCCCUGCUGCGGGCCAGGCCGGGAACGGGGCUGGUGGGGGCCCACGGGGCCAGACGCCCAACCAGAGUCGGCGGGAUGGGGACUCGGGGAGCCUGGGCAGCCCCUCGGCCUCCAGGGAGUCCCUGGUGAAGGCGCGGGCCGGGGCCGACGGCGGCGGUGGGGAGCCAGGCGCCAACAGCAAGCUCCCGUACAAGGCCUCGGUGGCAAAGAAAGCAGCCAUGCGCAGGAGGCGCCACCCGGACGAGGCUUUUGACCACGAGGUCUCAGCCUUCUUUCCCGCCAACCUGGACUUCCUGUGCCUGCAGGAGGUGUUUGACAAGCGGGCGGCCGCCAAGUUGAAAGACCAGCUGCACGGCUACUUCGAGUACAUCCUCUAUGACGUCGGGGUCUAUGGCUGCCACGGCUGCUGCAGCUUCAAGUGUCUCAACAGCGGCCUCUUCUUUGCCAGCCGCUACCCCAUCAUGGACGUGGCCUAUCACUGUUACCCCAACGGGCGGUCCUCCGACAGCCUGGCCUCGAAGGGAGCUCUGUAUCUCAAGGUGCAGGUAGGAAAUACACCUCACGACCAAAGAAUUGUUGGGUACAUCUCCUGCACACACCUGCACGCCCUGCCAGAGGACAGUGACAUCCGGUGUGAGCAGCUGAACAUGCUUCAGGACUGGCUGGCUGAUUUCCGAAAAUCUACCUCCUCGUCCAGCGCAGCCAACCCCGAGGAGCUGGUGGCGUUUGAUGUCGUCUGCGGAGAUUUUAACUUUGACAACUGCUCCUCUGACGACAAGCUGGAGCAGCAGCACCCCCUGUUUACACGUUACAAGGACCCCUGCCGCCUGGGGCCUGGGGAGGAGAAGCCGUGGGCAAUCGGUACCCUACUGGACAAGGACGGUCUCUACGACGAGGAAGUGUGCACCCCUGACAAUCUGCAAAAGGUCCUGGAGAGCGAGGAAGGUCGUCGCGAGUACCUCGCUUUCCCCACCAGCAAGAGCCCCGGGGGAGGCCAGAAGGGACGCAAAGAGCUGCUGAAGGGCAACGGCAGGCGCAUUGACUACAUGCUGCACGGGGAGGAGGGGCUGUGCCCAGACUGGAAGGCCGAGGUGGAAGAAUUCAGUUUCAUCACCCAGCUGUCGGGCCUGACAGACCACCUCCCGGUGGCCAUGCGGCUGAUGGUGUCUGCGGGGGAGGAGGAGGCAUAAACGAGCCAAGUCAUCACGAGCAGCAGGGCCUCCGCCAGCCCUCUGAGCCGCAGUCCCUCCCUGGCCAUGUCCCCUCCAUCAAGCACCACCCGUGCUGGGGGAGGGGGGCAGGGGCCUGGGAGAGCUGCAGCCAGUCCUGGGUGAGCUGGAACCAGCGCUGCCCAGCACCUCUGGGCACUCGCCAUGGACAGGAGUCAGGCUGGCCUUGGGAGUCCUGACUGCCCAACCAGUGCCAUUCUUUCAAAUCGUUAUUUUCUACAAAUCUACAGCACAACCUAGUUUGUAACCCGUGGGUUAGUACGAGAACCGGGUUUCUGUAUUCUUUAUAUCUCUUCUCAAGCUUCGUCCAGGGUUCAUUAUUUUUGUCUGCUGCCAUGUUGUCUCGCAUGCCUGCACCCUCGCAUGCACGCUGCCCGCAUGCCACGUGCCACGCUGUAGCCACAGACCCCUCACUCAGGCCUCACCCAAGGCCAAACUCCAAACACAAUCAGAACCAGCCAAAGAAGCAUUCCUGGACACACGGCCGCCGGCUCACCACCUCCAGCCCGGACAGCUCACGAGCAGGGACCGUGAGGGCUGUGUCCAGUUACCAGCGAGCCCGGGCUCUUCCCCAGGGUCUUGCAUUCAAGGGCGAUUACAUUUUAAAAAGAAAAUCAAAAAAGUUAAGAACAAAAACAACCCUUCACUUUAAAGGGUCUGCAAGCCACGAGGGAGAACGCUGCUCUUCCUGAGACAGGCACAGCAGAGCCUGGAGCCUCCCUUGGAGACUCCAAUCUGGGCAAUGAAGCCAUAGACAGGAAUCCAAGGA